AUGGCCUCCACAGUGUGUCAAGGUUUGCAAUCUUGCCUGGAACCUCCUCUAACAGAAUCAACGGUUUUAACCCACAAAUCGUCUUCAAAACCUUCCCAACUGCAUCAAAAACCGAAUACCGAAGCAAAUUCUGUGACAGGCGAUAAAAAUGGUGAGAGAGUUAGCAAGAACAAUGGGUUCAGUUUUUUUAAUGUUCUUGAAAACCCGUCUUCCAAUAGUAAUUUUAAAAAUGAGGAAGUUUAUGUUCAUCCAAUGGUGAAGCUUUCUGCUUCGACAUUAAGUUCGAUGAGCUUAGAAAUGUGUACGGAGAGUUUAGGUACUGAAACUGGGAGUGAUGUGAGUGAAAGCAGUGAUGAGCUUAACUGGGAGGAGAGAGAGAUGUUUCGGUCAAAAGCUAGGAAUUUAUACCGGAAAGUGGCGAGCCGGAGCCACCGUGGAGGCUUUCCGCCGCCGUUGACCUCCAUUAGUGGCUCAGAUGGUACUGUGAAAGUGAGCCCUCACAGGGAAGGUGGCCGGUUGGUAAUCAAAGCUGUGAGUGUUUCUGACUGUGGUACAAAGUUUGAAGCAGAACGUACGGAUGGGAGACUUAGGCUGUCUCUGUCGAAGGACUGUUGUGAAAAUGUUGAAACUGGGAGGGCUAAUAAGAAAAAGGAAGGUGGUGAAGAAGAAUCUUGUGAUGGUGACGUGGAAGAUGGUGGGUGGUGGUGGGGGGUAGAUGGACGUAACUCAAACUCAAAACGACCAACUCGGGUAGCAGCAAACUCGUUCGAUCAAGAGUCGACUGAGUUUAGGUUAAGGAGUUGCAAAGACGGUGGAAACGGGAAUAAGGGAAUAGGAAACUGGAGUUUGUUUCGGCCGGUGGUCAUAUCUUAA